AUGGGGAGUGGUGAAUCAACAAAAAGAUUGUCCGUUAAGAGAUCAGAGGAGGAUGAAAGUGCGGGAAUUAUAAGGGUAGGUUCUACAAAGGAAUCAUAUGGAAUUCACACUAAGCCCUAAGCAAUAUCUUCGAUUUCUGGAGGGUGAAAUGAUAUCAAGCUAUGUUGAGUGAUAAUUUUACUUUUCGCGAACAUAAAGCAGUUGAUUCAAAAUUUUUUAGGUGUCAGAGAGAGUAGUAAGACGCUUGAGAGGCCUAGAGGAUUUACCCCUGAAAGGUGAUGAAAAGGAGAUUAGUCAAGGUAAAUCACUGCUAAGCUUAGACAACUUUUUCACUCCCAGAGCCACUUCUGAAAGCAAGGCAUGGAGUUUUACCUUUGAAGCUGGUUUCGUGACUAGAAAAAAAUUCUGCUUAUGCCAACCUGUGGAAAUCUAAAAUCUUGAGAAUCUCUCUUUUGCAUCAUCCCCCCCCCCCCCCGCCAAACAAGAGACCAGGCUCCCCCGACCCCUCAUCAGUGAGUGGCCAUAGGACAAAGCUUAACCAACCGUGCCCUCCACUUUCAAAAACAAUCCAUCAAACGAUACCAACAAAACCAACAAUUUUAACAUUUUUACCCCGUAAAGGGUGGAAAAAGGAGAUUAGAAAAGGAAAAACACCGGCAAACUUAAAAAAUUUUUUCCCCCCCAGGGCCCCUUUUGAAAAAAAGGCAUGGGGUUUUUCCUUUUAAGCUGGUUUCUUGACUAGAAAAAAAUUUUUCUUUUGCCAACCCGGGGAAAUUUAAAACCUUGGGAACCCCCCUUUUGCAUCACCCCCCCCCCCCCCCCGGCAAAAAAAGAGAACAGGUUCCCCGGAUCUCUCUUGAGUGAGAGGCCAUGGGAACAAUGUUAGCCAACAGUGACCUACUCUUUCAAAAACAACUGUUCAAUCAGUACAAACAAAACCAACAAUUUUGAAUUCUGUUAAGCUUUCCUACAGAUUACACGACAGAAGAACUCAGGCUGAGCAGGGCCAGUACUAGUGUUAUUUUUGCACAUAGUAAAAACCCUUGUAUGCAGUGGUCCACUCAAAGCAAACUGUCGGAUCAGGAAUAUGCAACCUACACUAUAAUUAUCUUUGGGAUGUGGUGAUGAAAUAUGAAGGAAGAAAAAGAUCAGUGAUAAAAUGAGGAAAGGAAAUAAUAAUAAUAAUUGUCAUGUAGUCUCCUUCGCAGCUGCUCAGGCGGGAGUCAUGUCAUGUGGCAAUUUGUGGGACAUGGGUUCCCAGGCAACAAUGAACGCACAACGUCCCCAAAUUUGUGGCUUCAGAAAAUAUCCAUGCUCACCCCGUGACCAUUGGAAAUUUCAAGAGAGGGGAAGGAUCUUAGCUCAAAGAUCAGAAUUUUGAAAGGAAAGUUUGAUCCUAAGCCAGAAGUUUCAGUGGUGAGAAGAAGGGAGUUUAAAUCUUUCAUGGAAGAGUACCAAUAUGAAUCUUUUCUGGAAUAAGUUAUAACACAAUACUGGUUUAUGGAUUUGACAAAUGUUAUAGUUAUAUUUUUCCCAUAAAUCAGACCGUAGAGCUAAUGAUAGUGUUGUUUUAAUCUUUUUAACCCUUAAGAUGACAUCAACAAUUUGUGGGGUGAAUUACAGCAAGAGAAAGCACGCUUAAAACAUCAGCAUGAACAUUUUCAGGAGUUUAUGCAGGGUGCAUUUAAUGAGGUAAGGGUUGUUGUAGUUUUGCAACGUGCACUUUAGUGCAUUCUUGUAACUAUAUCAAGAAACUUUCUGGCGUGUUGGGAUCAAAAUUUGGGAUGGGAUACCUCAAAUUCUUAAAGCAAGACCGAAAAGAUCAUUAAAAGCAACGCUACUCGAUAUCCUUCAAACUGAAGACUCCUAUAUUGAUGUAGAUACGAUUAUUGUGAAAAUGAAAAAGUAAUUCUCUUGUCCCUUAUAAUUAUUAUUUUCAUUUCAUUUUAUUUUUUAAAAUUCACUCCAAUGUUUUCCUUGUAUUUAAGUAGAAUAGUAUGUAUUUACUGUAAAAUAUAUAUACUUAUAUAACGUCUAAUUUCUUUUUAUUUAUCCAGUUUGUAGUAAAUUAUCUAGCCUUGCCUGCCUUAUAUGGCCUUGCUAACUACAGGCCAGUCCCAAUGUAUUUUUGUAAUAUAUAUAUCCACAUUUAAAUAAAGUUGAAAGUUGAAACUAACAUUUUUUUGAAAGUCACAUUAACUCAAAAUCAUAUGCCCUCAGGCCAUGUUUAAUAAGAGCUGAGUGUGCAUUUUGUAGAAUGCACUAACUUUCAACUUGUUUACUAGUCAGAGCUUUUCAAAAAGAAAGUUGUUACUGUUUGUAGGGAAGGCAGACUGAAGCCAGGAGGUGGCAGGAAAACAGGGGGAAACUAGGAGAUAAAGAUGCCCCAGAAAUAGAAAAUCACUGGAGACAAUCCUUGGAAAAGAAAGACGCUGAAUCAAAAGCCAGAGAAAAUAAACUUCUGGAAGAAAUAAGUGUACUGAAGGAAAAGGUAAGUGCAUUUAAAGCAUAGAAUUCUUGUUAUGAAUAAAAAAAAUGAUGCUGGCAUCUUAACUCUUGAAUUCCCUAAUAUCAAAUUUAAAAUUGUCCUGUCUUGUCCCAUAUAUUUCUAAUCAAAGUAUUGAGGAAAAAUCAGCUGUUACUGCUACUGAAGAUGUGAAAAACUAGGUUUAACUAUGUUUUUUGAUCUGGUUGUCUUAGGUUGCAGACAAGGAAGAAAUCACAAUUGAAAAAUUUAAUCAAGCUGUGGAAGAAACAAAGAAAAAGUUCAGGUAGCUAUCAUUAGAAGUACUUGUAAUAAAUUGAGACAUUUGGUCCACACUAACACUUCCUCCUCAUUACAAUAAUAUUUUCUUCCUUGCUCUCAUCUUGUAUUGUGAGAAUGACACACCAGCUUGCCAAAAAAAGUAAAGAUCUAGGUUUUGACAAUCAGCUAUCGGAGUUGAUAAGCUGUUUAGGAAGCCAGUUAGGGGGCUGUUUAAGGGUUUCUUUUCCACUUUGUUCUUCAAGUUGCAGUUUUUUUACUUGCUUGCUCACUCAAUUUGCUCACAUACUUUGCGUACACACUUGAGGGAGUAAUAGUACUCUGACGGUCAGUACAAAAAAAUGGCCUGAUGUUUUACACACACUCUUUUUAUAGCCAACCAACAAAGGUUGCAGCUUGUCAGCACCUGAAAAAUGAAGUCUUAAACUGCUACAAACAGAACCCAACACAGGCUCUCAAGUGCUCACAACAAGUCAGGGAUUUCUUAAAGUGUGUGGAGUUGUCUCAAAUGGUGAGUUUGCAUUCUUGCUGCCAUAAGAUAUCUACUUCCAGUUUUAGGUAUAGUGGAAGCUCUCGUAACAUGGCGGGUUAGCUGUCAUCAAGAAGUGAUCUCUUUCAAACUAAUUUUUAACCGUUUGAGCUGAAACUUUGCGCAAUAAUACAAUUUUUGUAGAACUUUGUAUUUGUAUUAUUUAUGUUUUUGGAUUUUGGAUUUUAACGGUUUUUUUGGCACAAAAAUGAUGUCAUAAGACUGACAGUAAAACAUAACUUCCAACUUAUGCCAUAUCAGGUUAGCAAUUUUGAAAGAGUACUCAGGGAAGAACUUAAAUGUGAAAUAAUGUUUUCAAAACCUCAUUUGGUUGCGAAGAUAUGACAUUCUGAAUACCACCAAAUUUCUAAAAAAUAAUAGUAGCAAAAUGGCGGAAAAUACACAUUUCACAGCUCAAGAACUUUUCAACCAAUUAAGCUUUACAAAAUUAAUAAUUUUUUCAUAUUUGGGUUCAUCUCUGUGAGAUCUUUUAAAAGUUCUACUUUGUUAUGCCAUAAGUCGAAAACUGUUUUUUGCUGUCAAUCUUAUGACAUCAUUUUCCCACCAAAAACGAUUAAAAUCAAAAAUCCAAAAACAAAUGAUUGUUGGGAAUGCAAAGUUCUAUUAUCGUGCAAAGUUUCAGCUCAAACAGUUAAAAAUUGAAAAACUAGUUUGAAACAGAUCACUUUUUGAUGACAGCUGACCCGGGGUGUAAGCGGACUCCCUCGGGAGGCAAAAAAGGGUCGGUUUCUGGAGAUGACCGCUUACAAGAGUGGUUUUCAUAAGUGGCCACUAGGAAUUUAAAGGUUAAGGGUCUGCUUACAGGAGCUUGCCCAGCAACAAAUAAACAUUGGAAAUGCAAAAAUCUGUUUGUAAGUGUUUGGCUAUACUGUGUUCUGACAAUAUUGUAUUAAUUCAGUCCGCACAAGUAUAAAAUUCAAGCGGUGUUAUGAAGUGUAUUACACCUGAUGUGUAUGUAAAAAGAAAACAGUGAAACUGAUAUAAAUUCAUUGUGAUGAUCAGCGGUACGAAGUUGAUUUAUUAAAAAUAAUACAAAUUUCAGAGGCAAAUGAGAUUUCAUUUGAGGUAUCUGCUUACAGGAGCAUAAAAGCAAAGCUUUAAUCUUACCCGUAAACCCUGAAAGUGUCCAUGACUGCCUAAAGGAACGUCUGCUAACAAGAAUACAAAAAUACAGAGUUUGAAUGGGAGUUGAAAUGGGUUUUGUGAAGGCAGCCGUAAGUACAGCUGUCUGCUUACAAGAGUGUCCGUUAAGAAAGCUUCCAGGUCACUGUAUUAAAGAGUGUAAACUACAAUAAUAGUGAAAUAUUACAUUGAAAUGUCCCUUUAUGGGCUAGUUUAGAGACAGAGCAAAGUGUCCUUAUUGCAGAAAAUGUAGACCCUGCUGUAUGUAGCUCUGAUAAUUGAUUUUAUGGUGCUAGAAUCUAUAUAUUAUUCAGUUCAUGUCAGGUCGGGGGAAAAUGGCAUAGAGUCUUGUACAGUUUAAGUAUCCUUGAGAAAAAUUAAGUGUUCUGUUAUCAGUGCUGUCAACUCUCCCGGAUAAUCUGGGAGACUCCCGUUUCUGAAUCAUUUCUCCCAGUCUCCAGAUUAGAGUCUCAAAUCUCCAGGAUAAUUGCAGAAGUUUGCUAUUUCUUGUAGAUUCGACUUUCUGUCAAUGAAAUUUAAAAUGUUUUGCGUUGUUUGAGCUAUUUAACUUUUAACAUUCAACGUUUCCUCAGAAACCUUAUUAUGCCAUUAAUGUAAUUGGUGGGAAGUAAACCCAAUCAGGUACAAAUGUCACAAUUCCAACAACAUCUUUUUCGCAUGUUUUUUUUUGCACAAAUGACCUCAUGUUUCGUGCAUUAUGACAUCAUCUAUUAUCCCUUCCUUGUCAAUUCUCAAUAUUUGAAGAUGUUGGGGGUUGACAGCCCUCUUUUAUGCAUGGAGGGAGGUGUCCAUGUUAUGAAAAAAAAAAAAUAGAGGGGAACUCUGUUGAGAGAAGAUUAGUUGUUUUUGUAGACUGAACCCUCUAUUUUAAUAGUGUACCUUCACAGUAAAUCCACCAGGAAGUGUUCCCAUGCAAGCACUCUCAAAAUGCAUUGUUUUACUGUGUAGUUUGAAUCGGUCAUUAUAGGGCUGAAAGACAUAGUUCUCUAAACUGACCAGUCAAAGAGCUUGUACUAAUCUAUAGAUUUUCAUACUUUAUAAAUAGUAUUAUUUUUCUCCCAUAGGCUCCUCAAGAUGCAAAACCGUAGAAGUAUGAGCUAAAAGCUCGCUGGAAAAUGAAUUUGAAGGGAAGAGAGUACACAGAAAAUCAUCGAUGAUCUCUUAUGUGCGAGGGCAAGAACAAGCGGCUGUUUUUUUCUGCCUCCCCUUGCCAAGAUGAGCACAUUGUGAUAGCAACUUUCCAAUGAGUAACCUUUCUUUUAUUUUUUGGUGGAGAAAUACAAUGCAAUGGGAAUCGUUUCAAGUCUUGUGUAUUUAGAUUUUGAAAUAAAUGGUGACAACUUGGUUUUAAACCAACGAUUAUUCGUUCAUUUUCCGUUUAAUAUGUGUCUGCUUUCUCUUAUACCAGUUUUAAAAUGGAAAUCAACUUCUUUUCGUGGCAUAUAGGGCCUUGCCGUUUAGAAGGAUCAGUCCGCACGCCGCGGUCUAUUGAAUAGAUACCGGUAUUUAAAAUAGCGCAGUCGUAGCCACAGUAGCAAGAGGCAAAAGGGCUUCUAGAUUUGAAAAUUUUACUUUUGAGGGGGCGGGCGGGGGUGGUUGGGUACAUGUCCUUAGAUCCCCCUUGGCAGCUCCCGCUUUCGGCGAUCGCAGUUCUUGCGCCGAUGCCAACAUCUGAGCUGGCCACACCCCUUAGGUUUUUAUUUCCAAGGAAUUAAGAACGGAGCCUUGCCAUCUUCUGUUUGUGUUGCGGACUGUGCUUGAUAACAUUGCGUCUUCAGAAGGACUGCCUGUCAGAAGUAUAAAUCUGAGAUCAGGCCUAACUUUUGCGGCUUUCGUAUCUUCUCUCACACAAUGGAAAAUGCAGUAGAUUCCACAGACUUCAAGCUUCAAAUCGGAAAAACGACACAUGACAAAGAUCGACAUCAUGUUCACGUCUGAGAGUUUUUACUUUCCUCUGAUCUCUUCAAAUUAAAACGUUCUAUGAUGAUGAUAUUUAUAUAGAAGCCUUUUGAUUCAUUCAAUCGUUCCUCACUCCCACCCUACCCUUGACCCUACCCACCCCCAUAGUUUAUUUUGUCACGAGAGCUGCCGUCGCACCGGUGCCCAAUUUUCCCGCCAAAACUUUGGUAUGGUGGAAAAUGUUUUAUAACUUCACUGGUUAUGUACGUUCCUUUUUUUUGCGGUAAUUUUUCGACUUUAAAGCAACAUGAAAUUACAGAAGCCACCGGUUAUUGCUUAAAAAGAAUUCGCUCGUGAUUAAGGUAAGUAAAAUGGUAAAAAUUAUGUUGAAUAUUCAUCUCCAAACCUUAGUUUUAAAUCUCUUUUUUUGAGAGUUCAUGCUGCCAUGAAAUUUGCUACCACAUCUGCCAUGUGCCAACAUAAUUUGCUACAUUUUGCUGCUUUUCACAAUCUCCAUAUUUAAUAAGUUCAAAGAGUUUCCUGUUCUGUGUAGUAGGUUAUUGUAAAGCGAUUAUAAAACAGGCGUAUGAAGUCUUUUUGGAAAUGAAGACUCGUGAUAAUUUAUUAUUUUUUUAUAGGCUUACAUUUAAUUUUAGCUUAGCUCAAGCUUAGUUAAGGUUUAAAAAAGUCUAACCUGUAAACUUUAUUUUUUAUUUGAAAAUGACCAACUAAUGUCUUCCUAUAUUUCCGGUGAGGCAUUAAUGCUGUUAUUUCAUUAAUUCAGGAAGAAGGUUCUUGUUUAGCGUCAUAAAGCUGAAACGCGUUUUGAUCCAUUUUCAUGGAAUUCGGUCUUCAAUCGUCCCAACGCAGACAUGCCAAGCGAGGAUUUGUGUGAGUACAAUAACCAUUCAUUUCAUAUAGUCAGUUUUAACUUUGUGGACGAAUAAUUCGUCUUUUCGCGUUCAUGGUCAAUUAUAACUAGUUAUUGACGUUUCCCUGCUGCCAGAGGCCUCUUUUCUCUAGUGAUCCUGCCCGCCGAUAGCCUGCGAAGCGCAGACGAGUUUCCGGUCGUCGCCUCUCUUCCUCCGAAAAAUAACUAAGCCCGCCGAAUACCAGGAAAAAAAGCCUCUGCUGGCAGGGAAUAUUGACGUUGAAAGUUCGUGUCAUUUUAUUGAUUCUUUAACCAGGCUUCUUUAAUCCUUUGCUUUAUAAUAACUGAUUUAUGUUUACGCAUAUCACGAGGAAAUAGAUUUAUUUUUUCACAGUUAGAGACAAUGAGAACUUGAUAUUUUAGCAUUUUUUAAUACAUCCCAUCGAUAGAAGAGGGAAGAGAGAGGUUUCAAGGAAGGUGCCAAUAACCAGCAGCCGUUUCUGUUCAAAAGAACUCCUCUGAUUAACCGUCUGAUUAUCAUCUUGCAGACCGCCAUUUAAAGCCUCAUCAAGAUCUCUUCAAAUAGCACUUCCAUCACCACCAAUGCUGGAUGACAUACUCUCACAAACGUCUCAAAGAGAUUUCCCAUCCACGCAGCUUUUCCGUUCAAAUUCUGAGUUCUUCAACAAUGCAGCAAGCAUUGGUACCUCGACAGCAGCCGACUUGCUUGACAACGAAAGAUCAUUUCUGCACAGCAGUUAUAGACAUUCGAGUCAGAACCAUGAUAAAUGGAUAACUAGUGAAGCACAUAUUUCUAAUUCAAGAUAUUCGCAGCCGUCGCUGUUCAUUGACGAUGAAGAUGAUUAUGGAGGGGAUGAUAUUUUGCAUGACUCCCCUGAACUUUUCUCUCAACGAAGUGACUUUCACACGGACCUUUCUAAAGAUUCAGAAGGUAGAACAGCAAACGUGUGCAAAGCGUAUUAGUUUAACCUGCAUGUGCGCGAACGCUUUCUUUCAUUUUUCCAUUGUCGGAAUUAUAAGACGUCUGCGCAGACAGGCUACAGCUGAGGCCUAUAAAGUUUGUAAACUGUGUGUGUUUCAAGAAGUCACGAGCUAUUUCCGCGUGUCGCGAGAACUUUUCUCUAUCAUACUUGCAAUUAAGUUCUGUUCUAUUUUUAACCAUAAUAUCUCCAUUAGUUCAAGUUUAGUUUAAAUAGUUUACUAUUUGCUGACUAGAAAAUUCUAAGGGCAUUCAUUUUCCAAGAAGUAGAAAUAGGCUCUAGUUCUUUAACAAAAGACUACCUCUAAGGUUGUUUUAACUUUUGAUAAAGAGCAGUACAGCGAAUACAUGGACACCGCUGGAAAGAGGGCCACUUUUGUAUGGUGGGAAUACGAACUUGUCCCCUAUCAUACAAACGUCUGUAAAAUUCCGCGACUUUGUGGAGCUAUUCUUCGUUAGUUUUUUCGAACAAAUUGUCCCCACACUUGGCAGUUUUAAUGAUUUUGAAAGGUUGAAAAACCUGUCGCAGGAUCCAUCAUACUCCAGUGACCACUUACACUUAUACAUCGUUCAUUUAUUAGAAGUGUACUUUAAUUCUUGACAGGGUUAGCUUUGAAUGACUAUGACCUGGAUCGUGAAGAGAUCCAAGCGUCCUAUCAAGUUCUACAACCACAAUACAACCUUGGUACUCCAGGACAGCUCGUUAUACCAGGUAGUGAAAGUAUCUCACAUUGAAAUCUUCUUAAAUAUCUUCACCCUGUUCAUACUGCCUACGACAAAAUCCUAGUAAAAUACCAUGAAAAUAAUGUGUCUAGUUGGAGUUUUCUUUUUUGAUGAUUAAUACAAGAGAAGUUAAGGUUGUUGCUUUGGAUUCCCUGUGUCGCAACCUCGGGUGAUCCACAGUUUUUGGGUUCACUAUUUUUUUUAGGUCAGGAGACCAUAAGCUCCUACUUAAGUAUCAGCUUUCGGGGGAGAUCUACUGAAAUAUACCCCGCUCAGAAUUACCGAUAGAACUGAAUCAAUCUAUGUAUCUUUUGCAGCUUAUGGAAAUGAAUCUAGCGACGCAAGUUCCGUGAUUGGACUUCGAUCUGUCAAUGAAAUACGUAUCCUUUAAAAGUUAUUUGGAUAAUGUCGGAUUGAAUGUAGGACUGACUUUCUGACUCACACGACAUGAUACUAAAUAGUGAUAAGGAGUAUCGCGGCAUCCGUCAAUUAACCAAAUAUACAUUUUGUGUACCUCUAAUUAA